AUUGCUUUUUCCAUUGUUUCUCGUUCGUUGACCUCAUCGCAGUCUCUUGCCCCCCCCCCCGCAUCGAUGGCGUCCAAAAAGUCGAAUGCGCGAUGGAACGCUGCUGCCAGUAGCUCGACGACUCCCAGCAGUCCUGGCACUGGUCUCAGCACUGGCAGCACUGGCAUUAGCAGCAGCAGCAGUAACAAGAGCAGCAGCAGCACAAGCAAGUCCGCCGCGGCCGUCGCUGCCGUCGCCGCUGCUACCUCAGGCGUCACUGGCGGCGGCUUCUCACAGCACGAGUUUGUUGCGAACGUCUAUGGCGAGGACUGGGCGCGCAUGAUGAACUCGACCAACUACGAUCCGUUUGAGCCGCUCGGACACGUCGUUCGCAUCUUACGUCUCAGCUCGGACGAGCACGAGCGAAGCAAGAAACGCGAGGCGUUGGUCAAUGAGUGCAAUCGGCUCGAAGCCAAGAUGGACGAGAUUAUCAGCGUCCACUACAAUGACCUCAAUGAAUCGAUGCGCAUCUUCCAAAACGUGGUCGGUCGCAUCACGGACUCAAAGCAGAGGAUUGUCAAGCUCCGAGCAGGCAUUGCUCGAUGCAAGCAGUUGCUGCAGUUCAAACGUGACAAGCUGCACCAGCUCUGGAUUGAGCACAUCGAGUACAAGGAGAUGAUUCGCCUGUUGGACAAAGUCGAGACGGUUCGUCGUGUGCCAGACCAGAUCGACGUGCUGAUCGGAAGCAACCACUAUUUGCGCGCCACUCGAUUGGUGGUUGAAACAAUCAACACGCUCGAAAUUGACCUGUCGGGCGUCAGUGCUCUGGGAGAUUUGCAACAAGAGCUCCGAGAGAAGAAGAAGAUGUUGUUUGAUGUCAUUCUUGAGGAGCUGCACAAGCAAGUGUAUCAACGGAAUGUCCCAUUCGAGACCAGCGCGGCUGCUGCAAAACGCCGCGCAGAGCAAGCUGCUGCCGCCGCCGACGUUCUAUCUCCGGCCAAGACAACGCAACCCGAACCGCAAAGCGACGACGAGGAUGAAUUUGUUGUCGUUUCCGCCGUCGAGCCAUUCGAUCCCAAGCAUCGCCCAAUGCGAGAUCAUGCUAUCGAUGAUGACAUGACCCCGAACCCCGAGCGUGAUCCUGCCCACUACGUCUUCAUGCUGCUAGAGUCACUUGCGCUGUUGCAGCAGCUUCCUGCGACAGUCAAGGCAUUGGAGCAACGACUGUCGUCAGAGUUGUCUCGCUUGGUUCAAGAUGCCGUGGUCUUUGUUGAGAACACAUUUGUGAUCAACAACCUCAACUCAUCGUCUACAGCGGCGGACAUUGCGUCAUCAAACGUCCACCAGCCCAUGCUGUUGGUGGAGCUGCUCAACGUGGUUUUUGCGCGUCUGUGCGAGGUCUUGAAAUGUCACGUCUUUGUGCUGCAAGUUCUUCGCUACAAAAUUCGUCAGCACGAAACUUCCGUCAAGAGCACGCGAGGUCCCGCAGCGGAGAGUCAACUAGCCGCUGUGGCAUUGUAUUCUGAGAAUGACAUCUGGUCUGCCGUCCAGCACGAGGUUCAACUGCUGCUGUGUGACUACUUGAAUGUCCCGAAAGACACACAUUCCGCCGCAAGCACCUUCUUGUCAUCGAUCAACACGCCCGAGGACAUCAACGACGGUGACAUUUUGCUCAAUCCCAGCAGUUUGUUCCAUCACAAGGCGGCUUCCAAAAAGAAGCUGUUCAGCUUUUCAAAUUCGCACCAUGCAAUGGCCUUGCAAACAGUCACGCGGCAAGAUGAACAGCGGCGAACGCUGUCUGGACUGAGUGGUCUCCCUCAACCGGGGCCACAAGUCGCGAUUGCCAGCGACAUGUACUCUGUGGGCGAGAGCGGCUUUGCAGCCUCCCAUCUGCUUUGUCAUCCAGAUCCGCGCAACGUGGUGCACAUUUUCGCUGCUGUCAUGACCAUGACGCGCCAUGCGGAGACGGAUUUGUUGCCCGAGACAUCAGUCACGAAAGAUACGCUCCGCCAGUUCCUGACGGAUUUCGUCGAUCAGACCUUCUUGCGGCUGGAAAAGGAAGAGGUUACGCGCCGCGCCAAGCUGGCAAUGGAAGAUUCCGACGCAUUCAAAGUCCCUCGUGACGGCCUCAGUUUGGCAAAAGACACGCAGUUCCCUCUGUUGCAUAGCGCCGCAAACGUCGAACGCGUCAUCCGACAAGUCUGCUUCCUUCCGCUCGAAAUGCCGGCGUAUGCCAAUGAAUUCAUGUCCAUGGUGACGACCAUUCUUGACCGCUAUCUCGACUUGUGCCAAAAUGUGACUCGAGGCGCCAUCUCUGGGCGCAAACCCGCGGGAUCGGUUGAAAUCCCCAUCUUAAGCGGCGUCUGGGCCACCAAUGAGCGGAUGGUUGCGGUCAUGCAGCAGUACAACUCUUGGCAGAGGUUGAAAGGUCGACCGGACACGACGGGUGCAUUGAUGGACGAUAGCGACCCUGCGCUUUAUGAAGAGGAGUUCACCUUGCAGUCCGCUAGUCUGGAAAACAAGCCGGUGGCCAAAACAGCGCUCAUUUACGACUUGAGUGCCGUUAGCUUUUUGGCGCAUCUCCAUCACAGCCUGGAAUGGUUUGCUCGUCACGUUCGCCUUCUGUUGCGCCGAUUGGUGCAAAUGCCGGAUGAUUUGUGGAAUGAAUUGUCGCAAGAUCCUCAAGUCAACGCAGCCGCGGCCAUGGCCGACCCGCUGCUGGACAAUACCUCGAGCCUUGCGUCCGCAAAUCAACCCAUUCUCCGUCAAGCUGAUGAAGAUCACAACAUUUCCCCAGCGUUGCUUGCGACUGUGUCACCUGUGGUGGAGCAACUCCGUGAUUUGUCACGCCAGUGCUUGAUGACGCUCCGACUGGAAGUGCGCUCGCGCUGCUUCUACUCGCUUCUUCCCGUGAUGCAGAAGUCCAACUACUACUGCGACCGCGAAGAAACAGAGCCCGAUCCGUUGGUGGCGGGCUUGAACAAGGAGCUCAACAUUUUGGAGGAAACAAUGGCUGCUGCGCUCUCCCCUGCAAAGAUUCGCUUCAUCUUUGACGGCGUGCCACACCUCUGCAAGUCCAUCCUCAUGCGCAAUCUGCACUCCAUCAAGCGUAUCAACAAGCACGGCGUGAACAAGAUGUGUCGCAGCGUGUUUGCUCUGGAACAAAACCUCAGCAACAUUACGAAAACGGGCGAUGUUGGUCUCGAUCGCGCUCGGGCUUACUUUGAGCUGCUUGUUCACAAGCGCGAGGAUAUUCUUGCCGACGUGGAGGCCGAAGGUCCCGGAUUUACGCUGGAAGAGUACAAGGCCAUCUUCGAACUCAUUCACAAGUCCAAGACAAAUGAAGAUCCGACAAUUCACUCUGGAAACAUUGAACGGCUGGAGCUCGCAAUUUCACGAGCCAACACCCGUCUGCGUGUUGCGCCUGCGCGCUCUUCUUCUGCCGUGUAGCGAUGAUUUGAAAACAACAGAUGAAAUGGUGUGUUUCAUGUGACUGUGCUGUUUCGCCUUGUGAACGAUUUGUCCAAGAGCAGCAGCACGGAAUACAUUUGCGUCUCUUUUGCCAAA